UCACCACCUGAUGACGUGGUGGUUUGUUUACAGCGCUGCAGCUGGUCCCCCAGACAUGGCUGUGGACAUUACACUACUGUUUAAAGCCAGCGUGAAGACGGUGAAAACCAGGAACAAGGCUAUAGGAGUAAACGUGGACUCUGUCAAAGAUGAGGUUUUCAAGAAGAGCCGACCGAAGAGCGGCUUCUCGCUGAGAGCCAAAGAAGUGAUAACGAACAUCACAAAGCUCAAAGACUUUCUGCUACAACACCGAAAAGACUACGUGAGCGCUGGAAGUCUUAUCUCAACAGAUCUUAGCCGCAUGACGGAUAGCGAACGGGAUCAGAUUGACCAGGAUGCUCAGAUCUUUAUGAGGACCUGUUCUGAAGCCAUCAAGCAGCUACACAAUGAAGUGGAGAAGAGGGUCACAUCAGCUCAGAUUAGGGAACACAGGGUUGCAGUCCUGGACCUCAUUGAGAUGUAUCUGAAAGGUGUAUGCAGGCUGUACUCUGAGCAGAGAGCAAUUAGAGUCAAGAGAAUGGUGGACAAGAAGAGACUAUCGAGACUGACACCAGAACAUCCCGGUAAAGUGGAGAAAACCGUGGAUGCGGAGCCAGCAGAGGAGAGAGUUGUUAAGGAGGAAAGUUCUGAGAAGAACGUAUCAGAAGUGCAAGACAACAGCGUCAACCUGUGGGAAGAGGGCCGAGUGGAGGACGAGCUCUCUCCUGAGGAGAUCCAGAUGUUUGAGCAGGAAAACCAGAAACUGGUCAGUGAAAUGAACAGCCUGGUGGAUGAAGUGAGGCAAAUUGAAGGGAAAGUGGUGGAGAUUUCACAGCUUCAGGAGAUCUUUGCUGAAAAAGUGCUCCAUCAAGAAAGUGACAUAGAUAAUAUUCACCAGCUGGUUGUGGGAGCAACAGAGAACGUCAAAGAAGGCAACGAGGAUAUUCGAGAGGCAAUCAAAAACAAUGCUGGCUUCCGAGUCUGGAUCCUCUUCUUCCUCGUCAUGUGCUCCUUCUCUCUCUUAUUUCUGGACUGGUAUGACAGUUAACAGAGCUCCCUCAAAGGACUGCACUGUAUGGUUGGAUGUCUUAUAAAGAUGUGAUGACAGCAUUUGGACCGAACGCACAGUUCACUCUGCAGCAGCUGGUGGACAAGACGUUCCUCGUGAAGAUUGUCUGUUCGUCCCUGAUGCACAUCUAUUUAAUCUUUGUCCAGUGCUUUCAGAAGAGCUCUGAUGGAUGAGUGCACUUCUGUGGACAGAGCUCUGUGUCCAGUUAAAAAUGUGAUCCAGUGGAUUAAUUAUCAGUUGUUUUCAACCACUUAAAGAGAGAUAAAUGUUAGGCUGAAACUGGUGGGUUUUUUUUUUUUUUAUCCUACCACAUUAUGAAGUAUUUGCCUUUCAAAUAAAAAAAAUCUACAUAAAUACAA